AAGUCCGUUGCGAACAAGUAUUGUUUUGUAAUAUCAUGUGCUUGCUGAAGUGUACGAUCAGGUUCUUUUACGAAACACUUGCUGUUUGACAAAACAGCACCAACUAUACGGGCUAUAAUAAGGGAUUUUUUGAGAAAGCCGAAGUCACACGUUAAAGCAAGUCUUUUAAGGUCACCAACAAAACGUUCGAUACGCUUACCUUCCUGCUGAUUACGGCGAUUAAACACAAACCUUUCAUGGAUUACAUUCUUGGCACCUUUACGCAAUUCUUCAGCUUCAACUUACGGCAGUAAGAACUUUAAGAUUUUGUAUACAUUGAGCGUGUCUGAUUGGUUGUUUUGUAGUUGAUCUGAUAUGAGCGGUAGUUGAGGGAUGCGUUCUCAUAGUUGACUGAUAUAAUUAGACUCCUCAGGAAAUUGUGUAUUUGGUUUGAAAUAGCGAGGGGUUGCUGCAUGCAUGUCUUUCUAGUAUUAACGAUAUUAUUGAUAAACUGUAGUCUUAAGCAUUCUGCCAUGUCUCUUUUAAUUAUAGGUAUCCGUUAGCCCUAAAUUACCUUCACUUCCAGAUUUUAUUUCGCCAAACGUUUAAGCAAAAGCGCUUUGUGAGGACGGGAAUAACUAAUUAAACUUAUGCACAGGGAAAAGUAGGGUUGCACGUGGUUGAUCGACACUUUGACAGAAGCACUAUGCACAUUGCACCAUGCACAACCAUACAUUCGCGGUUCUCUGUGAUCCAAGUCAGAAAGUUAAUUCAAAUCAAAAUUGUAAGCAUUGACAUAUUUAUUACAAGGUUAUAUAUUUUUGUUUUAUAGCACCGCAAAAGGAAGUGGUCUCCAUCUACAAUGAUGAAUUCACCACUCCGCGUUCAAGAUAUCCGUAUUUCAUUGAAGUUUACCGUUGCGUUGAGGUUAGACGUUCGCUUGACUUAAUAAGAUGUCUUCACAGCUAUCCAGUGCAAAAAACGAUGACACAAAUCGAAAUCGUGGUUCCAGAUCUUACCAAUAACGAACAGGAUCCUAACCACAAAAGGAAGUUUUAUAAAUAUAUAUUAUUGAAUCACACCUCUUGUAAAUGCGGCGAACUCGAAGAGAGGAAACUUUAUAACACCUCAUCAAACAACCUUGUGUCAGAAAGCUAUUUCUUGGAAAAGUAUCGCCAGAAUGCAAAGAAUUUGCAAAGUCAUCGUGAUUUUUGCACCAAAACGCAAACAAGAUAUAAACUCACUGAAAAUCAUUUACUUGCUAAAUCUUCUUUUAAAUAUUUGCGAUACAAACAGUGCCUGCCUUUUUGCGCAGUAAGAACGAGUCAACUGGGGCGUGUCUAUAUAUCUUUUGGAAACGGUGAAACAAGACUUGAUGCUCUUGAAGAUGAUCUGACAUGCGAAGCGUAUGACAACACGGUGUCAGGUGAGGGCCCUUUUUGUGGCUCUGGAAAUCCAUUUGUACAAAUGCAAGAGCUCCAAAAGGAAGUGGUAUCCAUCUACAAUGAUGAAUUCACCACUCCGAGUUCACGAUAUCCGUAUUUCAUUGAAGUUUACCGUUGCGUUGAAACUGAUUCCAUUCUCGCACUAAAUUAUAAUUCGUCCUGCUAUCCAGUGCAAAAAACGAUGACAGAAAUCGAAAUAGUUGUUCCAGAUCUUACCAAUAACAAACGAGAUUCUAGCCGCAAAAGGAAGUUUUAUAAAUAUAUGGUAUUGAAUCACACAUCUUGUAAAUGCGGCAGACUCGAUGAGAGGAACCUUUAUAACACCUCAUCCAACAACCUUG